UUCAAGCCUCCACUCAACAUCAGCACGAUGACCUCCUGAACAACGUGGAACGAAAAGGAUAGAUAGAUAGAUAGAUAGAUGGAUAGAUGGAUAGAUAGAUUGGUGGGACUGAAGCUCGUGUCGUAACUUUUCUCCUCAGACAGAUUCUCACCUCUCUCUGUUCAGGGCUGAAGGGAGGAGAGACCCUGAUGAUGAAGUGACGUUGGGCGUGAACCGCUCCAGAGUUCUUCGCCCACACCAGAUCUUUGGUGGCUCAGUCAAGAUGUGAGCGGAUGAUUUCUUUUGUUUGACACUGUGGACUUCCUGAGAGUUGGGGCUUUUCUUUUCUUUUCUUUUUCCAGUGCAUUUCCCCCCCCCCCUUCCCAUCCCAUGCGUUGUGGAACCAAUGGUUGAUUUUAAGGUGUAUUUACUCUGAUCUGGAUACGUUACGGAAGCCUGAUGAAGAAUAAGGCUGCCAAGCUGAAGUCCAAAAGGAAAGGAACUGAAAAUGCGUUCGGCUGUGACUUGACUGAACAUCUGCAGAAUUCGGGACAAGACGUUCCUCAUGUCCUGAAGACUUGUGCAGACUUCAUCGAGAAACAUGGGAUUGUGGAUGGCAUCUACAGACUCUCAGGAAUCACAUCUAACAUUCAAAGACUCAGACAGGAGUUUUGCUCUGAACUCUGUCCUGACCUCACUAAAGAAGUGUAUCUUCAGGAUAUCCACUGCGUUGGCUCUUUAUGUAAGCUGUACUUCAGAGAGCUUCCCAUCCCUCUCCUCACUUAUGAACUCUACAAGAAAUUUACAGCUGCGGUGUCAGUCAAAGAGGAGCAGGAGCAGCUCCGAAACAUCAGGAGUGCCAUACACCAACUUCCCGUUUCACACUUCAGAACUCUGGAAUACCUCACCAAACAUCUGGCACAUUUAGCUACACUCAGUCACCAAACCAACAUGCAUGCUCGCAAUCUUGCCCUGGUGUGGGCUCCGAAUCUACUCCGCUCUAAGGAAGUGGAGGUGCCCUCCUGCAAUGGUGAUAUAGCGUUUCAGGAGGUGCGGAUCCAGCAGUCCGUUGUAGAGUUCAUUCUCAACCACACUCAGCAAAUCUUCAACCAGGACCUUCAGCCCUCCAAGUCCAGAGAAGGCCCUAGCAUGGCCUGUGGGGAGAAGUACGCCACCUUGCCCGCCAGCACACAGUGUGGUCCCAUGAAGCUCAUGAGUCUGGAGGAAGCACAGGCUCGCUCUCUCAGUCCCAACCAUCCAGCAAUGAGAGAACGGCAAAGAGAGAACAGCCUUCCAGACACCAGCACUGCGGCAAUGUAUCACACAGUAAUAGAUCUGUCUGACAGCAGAAGAAAAUUCUCAGGAAAAUCUAAGAAGUGGAAGUCCAUCUUCAGUCUUGGACGAUCGGUCAUCGACUCCAAAGGGAAACUGAGUCGCAAUGGGAGUGUCUUUAUGAGAGGCCAAAAUUCCUCAGAAAAAACUGCUAUACGGCCAUCCAAAAGCAUGGAUUCUCUCUGUUCUUUUCCAGCAGCAGAUGAGGACAAAAUACCAACAGAAGGAAGUAAUGGCAUCUUCGUCCCAGUUCUUAAAUCCCGAACCCUGGGCUCAGAUAUCGACUACAACCUGAACAAUAAAGAUUCGGACUUAGAUCCUCAUAAUGCUUCGGGAGGAUGUCCGAGUGAGAAAAGAGAAGGAGCUUUAAGUGCCUCCUCUUCGUCACCAUCUUUAUCCCCACUGCAGAAAACUCUUCCAGAACAGCUGAAAGUUUUCAAAGGUGACGAGCGCAGCGGCUGCCAGCCCACAUCUCCUAAAAACCGUCGGAUGUUGUAUUCUGGAUCUGCCAAUAAUGGAUCAUCUAGACCGUCUUUUCCAGGCAGCCUGUUUCCGCUGGAGUCUUCACCGCGGCACCAACGGAAGGCCCUCAACAUCUCGGAGCCGUUUGCGGUGUCCGUACCUUUACGUGUGUCUGCGGUUAUUAACUCUAACAGCACCCCCUGCAGGGCACCUGGCAAAGAGCGGGACAAGGGUUUAGGGGGACUCUUUAAGCCUCCAAAGGAGGCCGGACCCCUGGAAGCCCAUCGGAGGGAAAGUAUCGGCACUGCUGGAUUCCCUGUCCACAUCGGUGGCAGCAGUGGGAACUUUACGUUCACAGACUGGGAGACUGGGCUAGCAGCUCACACCAACAGUACUGGGUACCGAGAGCACCCGCUCAGUGACAGCAGCGGAGGCAGCGGAUGCAGUAUCUAUAGCAACAGCAGCUCUUUCCCCAUGGAGAAGGAGGAUCAGACAGGGGAAAGAGAUAUUACAGAUGCGAUCACUCUGGGGACAGCAAAGAGAAAGGAUGCAGAAGUGAGAGAGCUGAUAGCCAGUGUGGAGAAUUUUGAACCUCAGGUGUCGUCUGAGACUAAAGCAAUAGGGGAAGAACUGGAAACUACAUCAACACAACAAGAAAUAACACAAUUGGACAAACUGGAAGUACUCAACGAGGUGUCAUCGUCUGACAUGCAUCAAAAAGUUUCAGUCACUGAGGCUAAAACAAAUGUGCUAGAUGAACAAGUGAAGCCCAGCUUCACCAAAAUGACUGGAAACGAGGACAAGCUAAGUGGUCAAACACGGAGAAGAAGUAGUUUGCCCACAAAUACCGCAUCACCAAAGGGACUCUUUAUAGACCUCACCAAAAACGUAAUGUUUGAUCAUCCUGGUGCUACUACGUUUAAUUCUGCCAUGAAGCAUUUGCCCGAAAGAUUGUUGUCAUGUGACGGUGGCUGGAAUUACUUGGAAAAUGAUGUUGACUGGACAGACCACAAGAGACCAGAGUCACAAAACAUAAUAACAACCAGUCUACAACUUUCCCCAUUUCUCCACCUAAAGGAAACCGAUAUUCUCCAAGACGCAGAGCCAUGCAGUGAAGAGGAACUAAGAAGUGGAAUCAUUAGUAACAAAGAAUCAUUAGUAACAAAUGAUAUUUGUGAAAAAGGAAAUAAGGAUGUUAUUGAUGAACCCAAGAAACUUGACUUAGCAGGAAGAAUCAAGGGAAGUUUAGAAAGACUGUCAACUUGUCUGAACGAACAGCAUCUCACAUUGGAAGUUUUGCACCAAGAUGACGUAGACACAUGGGGGAGUAAUUUGGGUGGUUUGGAUCAGGUUGAACCAUGGGAAGAUUUGUGUUCUGCCAAACAGUGGGUGACAAGCCCUCUGCACUCCCCAACACUUGAGGAUCUCUUGCCUAUGCCAAAAGAGACAAUGAGCCAAAUUCUUGAUAAGCCAAAAGGGGAAGAGUUGCCCACCAGCAAGAAGGAUGACGCCAAAGAACCAACUGUGCUUAUUGACAUUACUUCAUCUCAAACAGAGGCUGCUCUAACAUCCUGUGAACUUGUAAACCCAACAGGAAACCAAAAUGCAGACACUGGUGUAGCUUGCUCUGCACAGGUAAUGGAUGGUAACAAGUGGGUGGGAGACAAAGAAGACAAACUUGAGGUCAAGAUAUUGAAGACAUUAACUGAUUCAGACAAGACCACUGAACUGCAAGACUUGAGCAAAGCAAAACCGAAGCGCUCUCAGAGAUUUCACCGACAGACAUCCCACGAGUUCUGCAUCGUGGAGAGAAGUCAAGAAAACAUUAAACCUAAGCUCAGGCCAUGCUCCCUAAACCUUGAUUUAGGACACCAAGGUUUCAGAGACAUCUCGAAUAGUCAGUAUCUGAAAAGUGCAAAGCAAUCGAUUGCACAGGAAUGGGUGACGCAUGGAAGCUCAUCUCUAGAGUUGGAGCUAUUCCUGAGUGGCUCCAAGGCACCAAUGCGACGCAACUCUGCACCAGUCAGCGUGUCGUCGGUUCGCACCGCAUUCAUGAUCAAAACCUGCCAAGCAAAAGCUGUUCCUGUUAUUCCGCCAAAAGUUCAGUACAGCCACAUACCUCAUGCCCUACUUGAGGGGAGCACUGAUCAAGUCAGCAAGAGUACACCUGAAAAGAAACCUGCCAAGGGCAAGUUGGGAAAACCCGGUUCUGCACUUCCCCUCCAGAAAGUCAAAGACCACAGGGAGGAGCUGCCAAGCGGGGAACCACCGUCAGUCGUUCAAAGACAGAAUGCGACAUGCAAUUUUUUCAAACCAACAUCCAUUCCCGAUCUUCCAGUGUUGAGGAGGAAGCGAUCUGCAAAUGGGGACACCUUUAUGGAUCGUCCUAGACCUGAGCGCUCAACGCUUCUUCAGAGAUCGUCCUUCAGAAAUCGGCCGAGACCUCAAAGUCUCAUCCUGUUUAGCCCCCCUUUUCCAAUCAUGGACUACCCUCCGGUAGGGCAAGAUGGUAAACUGGGCCUAUCCCCCAUUAAAGCUGAAGCCUCACCGUUUGACGUCUAUGCAAAAGAACUAGCUGAAAACCUCAAGACUCCCGAGGGGGUAACCUUGCGUAAUAAAAUGACUUUGCCAAAGAGUGGACAAAGGCUUGAGACCUCAACCAGUUGCUUUUACCAGCCACAAAGGAGGUCAAUGAUAUUUGACAACAGAAGUAACAGGCAAAUUGAGUGAUAUAAGACCAUUGUGUGAUAGCUAGCAAACUUCUAGCUUAUCAAAUGUUCCCGAGUCUCAGUAUACCCUAUAGAUGUUUGGAAAUCAAGGUGCCGUUAAUCUUGAUAAUCAGAAUUGUAAGUAUUAAGCUUUGUGUAAAAUUAUGCUGCUGCUAAGGAUUUAUAUCAGAGAUUUUUUUUUUUCUAUCAUUGCAAGAAAACCUGAAACAUGCCUAAGGAUAAACCUGGGAAACUUAGCAUGCUCCUACUGUAUCUGUAAAUACAAAUUGUACAAGCACAUCUCGGUUUUAAAUCGACUCAAUUCCCCUUUCGGAGCUGAAGGUCUUUGUGUUUGUUGCUACUUUAUCAUGAUUGGAUCAAAUUGUGUUUACAGUUGGAGCAUUUAUAAAUUAUCUACAUGAUGAAACUAGGUCUUCAACAUGCCAGCCAAUGAGAAAAUAAAACUAUUAAAAAUACUUUGACAUGACAUCAACAAAAAAACAAACACACAUUUAUUUAUUCAAUAGUCUUGUUUUGCCAUACAAAACUGUACUCUAAAGAGUACAAAUCAUUGUACAAAUUUUUUGGUAAAAGUACAAUGAUUUGAGGAUAAAUGUUAAAAGGUCAAUGUUCUUGAAUAAUUCAAACAUUGCCUCUAGCUGUGUUCUCUUCUCCAGUGGAUAUAGCAGGUGCAGGUUUUUUAUAUUUUCAAAUUUCCUGAUUACUUGGUUAACUGAAAUGUAUGAAACAAAUAUGGCGAGGUUUCAAAAAAUUGAAAGAUUAUAAAGAAACUGUCUGUAUUUUAUAUAAACCACAGAGCAGAGAAGUUUUGGUUCAAGGAUGAGAGGAAGUUUAAGGAUGAGAGAUCAUGAUGAUGAUGAUGUUGUCAGUUAUUGUAACCAAAGAACACUAACCUUGUAAUAUGUUCUUUUUGUAUUCAGUCACAUUGGAUAUUGUAUGUAUUCCAUUCUAAACAAAAUAAUAAAAGUACUUCACAUGUAUUGUGUACACUGUGACAUACA